AUGGCGAACUUAUCGUUCUCACUCGCCCCAAAGGCGAUAUACCAGCUACAUGAUGCUCUGACCUGUCUGGCGAAAUUUGAUGACAGCGUGGCUAUUGAGGCUGAAAUUGAUCUACUUCGCUUAAGCGUGCUCAAUUCGACCAAGACGGCAUACUCUGCGUUUGUAUUUGAAGCGGAUAGCUUUUUUGAAUCCUAUUCCUUUGGGAGAGGGAGGGGUGGCAGCUCUUCUAGGGUAGCUCGUCCAGAAAAUUUCAGUUGUCAGGUGUUGAUCAAAGCCAUGCUGUCGGCCUUCAAAGGAAGAACAAGUGGGCGUGACAAAGACACAUCUGUUGAACGCUGUGAGGUUGAACUCCAGGAUGAUCUAGACGAAAUCGAGUGUCGACUCGUCAUCAAAUUGAUUUGUGGAUUUGGCGUCAUUAAGCUCUAUAAGCUUACCUAUGAACCCGUUCAUGUACAACAUGCCAUAUUUGACAGGUCCAAAACGACAAAUGAAUGGAGUAUCCAGCCCAAGUAUUUGAAGGAGAUAACAGAUCAUUUCGGUCCCUCAGCAGAGCAACUGGACAUCUAUUCCGAACAUGGCAAGGCGGUCUUCACCAGCUUUACCACGAAAAGCUCGGACGGAAAAGAGAUUCUUCGACAACCAAUCCACACUUCGGUAGCUAUUGACAAAAGAGACUUUGACUACUAUUUGGCUGAGGACCACCUUCACGUCGCCAUCCAUAUGAAAGACUUUAAGGCGGCGAUAGCGCAUGCAGAGACGGCAAAUGCGAUGAUAACCGCCAGGUUCACUCGCCCAUGCCGCCCUCUGCAAUUCGCAUAUGACUUUGAGGGCAUCAAGUCUGAAUUUACAUUGAUGACCAGAGGCGAAGCGUCGGGAGACGAUGCUCCAGACUCCUCUCGGGCAACACCAGCCCAGCUAUCUGCACGACAGACCCCUGCACCCGUGCAGAUAAGCCAGAGAAGCACGGCUUCGGACACGAGACAAAUGCCCCCUCCCCGCAGUCGGUCUAUUCGACCUCUCACCGGGACCUCCACUCGAGCUUCACAGUCAAACGCAGAGACUCAGCGACCUCCACCAUCAAUCGAAUUCGAUAGCCUGUUUGUACCAGCGGACGACGAUAGACAAUGGGACGUACCGAAUGAGGAGGAUGAGGGUCCAGCAGAGGACGAGCUCGGUUGGGAUGCAACCGGUGAUCAGGCAAGCAUGGGCCCUGGGCUACGGGAUAUCGAGCCCAAGAUGGCAGAGACCAGUGCUGAAGAAGAGAUGGGCAUCCCCCCUACCCAGCGCAUGUCACAGCUGCACGGCCUCGGUCUCUUCGACUGA